AGGAGUCAAUGCUCCUGUUUUAGUUUUAUUUGAAAUUGGUGGGAAGAUUGAGUUACAGGUGUCAACAAAGUUGUGUCAGGUUUCGGGUGACACAACACCCACAUGCUGUGGCCCACAUUGUCCUGUAGGUGGUGUGGUGUGAAUCUAUGCCUCACUUGUUGGUCUUUGUUUCCUGAAAACAAAGAGUGCGUCAGACCUCCCCCUCCUCCCCCCUCCCCACCCCAUAUUCUCUUUAAAAUAAGAGCCUGGGGGAGGAUGGGGGAGGAUGGGGGAGUCAGUGGUGAUCUGAUCCUCCUGAGAACAACAUUAAGUAAAGAUGGUAUGAAACAAAACCUGGACUGAAGUGACCUGGUCUCACCUGGUCUCAGCUGGUCCCUGCAGUUCCUGGUGUGGUCUGGGUCAGACUGAGAUUAGGAUUACACCUCAGAUUAUUAGCACAGCAGAUGGUUGGUUACUGUUACUGCUGCUAAUGCUAAUGCUAACAUCUGACCAUACACUGAUGAUACACUGUUUGGAGUAACCUCAGGUGGUACCAGUACUAGGUACAGGUAGUAGUACUGCAGUAAUCUCCUGAUCAACUUUACCAUCAUCACUUCCUGGAUCCCACAUGGGCUACACUCUGUUCUCUCUUCCCAUUGGCUCCUGAGCGUCGGAAGGCGUGCGUGUCACUGUGAGAGACAGCGGAACAAAAGAGAGGGUGUGUGUGCGCGUGCGUGCGUGUGUGUGUGUGAGAGAGAGAGCUUCAGACUGAAGCAGAACCGUGGUCUUCAUCCUGCUGCUCUUCAUUUCAUGUCACUCUUCUUCUUCUUUGUUUCUUCUUUGUUUCUUUCUUUAAUUUCCGGUGUCUUUUCAGCCGCCGCCGCCCGUCGUUCUGACCUUCUUCACAGAAACUCUCCUGCGUCGCGUUUCCAGCUUCUGCCGCGCAGUUAUUUACCGAAAUAACGAAGGGUCCGAGUCUCGGCGCCGGUACCAUGGUGGCCGGCGAGCUCGUGCUCACCGCCACCGCCGCACCUGACAUCAUCGUGAAGAACCGGAGCGAUCCCGGAGAAGAGGCAGCGGUGGAGGAGGAAGCUGGUCGUCAGUCCGAGUCACUGUCCGUGGAAGACGAGACAGAGAGCGACGAGGGGGAAAAGAAGCCGAAUGAGAGAGAGAAGAUGCUGCCUGACGGAGGAGGAGGAGGAGAAGAAGAAGAAGCGGCGAAGCAGGAGGACAACAUCCCGGAGACGCGUCUGUUCCUGCGCCGCUUCGCGGUUCUGGCCGUGUUCAGCCUGUACUCGCUGGUCAACGCCUUCCAGUGGAUCCAGUACAGCAUCAUCGCCAACGUCUUCACGCAGUUCUAUGACGUCACCAACGUUAUGGUCGACUGGCUCUCCAUCGUCUACAUGCUCGCCUACGUGCCGCUCAUCUUCCCGGCGACCUGGCUGCUGGACCGCCGCGGUCUGCGGCUGACCGCGCUCCUCGGCUCCGGCCUCAACUGCGCCGGCGCGUGGCUAAAGUGCGCCAGCGUCAGUCCGGACAGGUUCGGCGUCACCAUGACGGCGCAGGUGGUCUGCUCCGUGGCUCAGGUCUUCAUCCUCGGUCUGCCCUCCCGCAUCGCCUCCGUGUGGUUCGGACCCAGUGAGGUGUCCACGGCGUGCGCCACAGCCGUACUCGGCAACCAGUUGGGCACAGCCAUCGGCUUCCUGUUGCCUCCUGUCCUGGUUCCUAACACGCCCGACGACGUCGAACUGACGUCUCACAACAUUAGCAUCAUGUUCUACGGCACGGCCGCGGCCUCCACCCUCCUGUUUGUCCUCACUGUUAUAGUCAUCAGGGAUCGUCCGGCCCUCCCCCCCAGUCAGGCUCAGGCCGUGCUGCCGGACUCGCCUCCUGAAGAUUAUUCCUACAAACGGUCCAUUGUCAACCUGAUGAAGAACAAACCCUUCGUUCUGCUGCUCGUUAGCUACGGUAUUCUGACUGGAUCGUUCUACUCCAUCUCAACCCUCCUCAACCAGAUGAUCAUGACCUGCUACAAGAACCAGGAGUUGAACGCCGGGAGAAUCGGUCUGACGCUGGUCGUUGCUGGUAUGGUCGGCUCCAUCCUCUGUGGCCUGUGGUUGGACCACACCAAGCAGUACAAGAUGACCACACUCGUCGUCUACAUCCUGUCCUUCCUGGGUAUGGUGGUCUUCACCUUCACCCUGGACCUGGACAACAUCCACCUGGUCUUCGUCACUGCUGGAGUCCUGGGGUUCUUCAUGACAGGGUACCUGCCUCUGGGCUUUGAGUUUGGGGUGGAGAUCACGUACCCAGAGUCUGAGGGAACGUCUUCAGGUCUCCUCAACGCCUUUGCUCAGAUCUUUGGGAUCGUCCUGACCCUGAUUCAGGGUAAACUGACCAAUCACAGUCAUCUGGCUGGAAACCUGCUCCUCUGUGCUUGGAUUCUGCUUGGAAUUCUGUUGACAGCUUUGAUCAAGUCUGAACUGAAGAGACACAACGUCAACGUAGGAGCAGGACACAGGACGCUGCUGGCCGUUCCUGAUGACCCCCCCCCCGACGACCCUUCACACAACAAACCCAACGGGUUCAAACUGGAUCCGUCCUUCAGCUUCUCCAGGGAAACCUCACUGUGACCCCGUGGAGGACCAGGUGUACCAUGUGCAGUUGGAUGGUCCUCCUGGUGAACUGUUCUGUCUGUUUUUCAUGUCUGACAUUUCAUGACCGCUGUGACCCAAGGUCUGGACCAGUCCUCACUGGAACCAUGGGCGGUUCACUGUCAAGUAGUACCAGGUACCAGGAGUCCAGGACUGACAGAGGUCCAAGGACCUGAAGACACAGACCUCUGGUCUGACCUGUCUUGGACUAUUCUCCACUGGACUGUCUCUAGGUGGACACACAGGUGGACCUGGUGCAGUAGUUCCUAGUACUGACUAUUCCUGGUGGCCCAAAGGAACAGGUUUGGGACGGACGACCCCCGUGUUCCUCUAAAGGUUUACCUCCUUCUCCUACUGGUCUAACCCAGUACCUGAGCCGUCAGUACUGCGUCUGGUACUGGUCUAACCCAGUACCAGAGCCGUCAGUACUGCGUCUGGUACUGGUCU